AUGAGAGCAGGAACGUUCACAUUGGCAGUAAAAGUCCCGAUAGGCUGUAAUGUGAUCGAUGCUAGAUGGGUCUUCAAAUGGAAAGCGGACGAAACAGGAAAGAUAGUGAAGGCCAAGGCUAGGCUUGUAGCGAAGGGCUUCAAGCAGAAGUACGGUGUGGACUAUCUUGAGACUUUCUCGCCUACUGCAAAUGCUGCAUCUUUUAGAUUGGUAGUAGCGUUGGCGUGNAAGAUAGUGAAGGCCAAGGCUAGGCUUGUAGCGAAGGGCUUCAAGCAGAAGUACGGUGUGGACUAUCUUGAGACUUUCUCGCCUACUGCAAAUGCUGCAUCUUUUAGAUUGGUAGUAGCGUUGGCGUGCAAGUACAACUUGGAAUUACUCCACUGGGAUAUUGAGCAGGCGUUUGUUCAGUCGGAAUUGGAUCAUGAGGUGUUCAUGAAGAUGCCUCCUGGCUGUGGUUCAAUGUCGGAAAAAGUUGUCCGUUUGAACAAGAGUUUGUACGGAUUGAGGCAGGCUUCUAGAACAUUCUACAAGAGGCUAGUGUCGGAGCUGAAGAGGAUUGGUUUCGAGCAGUCUAUGUCUGACCCCUGUGUCCUGCGUUUCAUGAUGGGAGACGAGGUGGUGGGGAUGGUCGCGAUUCAUGUGGAUGACAUUCUGUAUGCAGGAACGAAGAGUCUGGCUGAGGUUGUAGUGGCAGCGCUUGGUGACUCUCUUCCGACGAAGAACUUGGGCGAGGUCAAGUUCUUUCUUGGUUGCGAAUACAUUCGCGACCGCAAGGCUGGUACGAUCGAGAUUUCUCAGGAGAGCUACAUCAGGAGUGUCCUUGAGAGGUUCAACAUUGUUCGCACUAGUUCAAUCCCUGCUUCCCUUUACAACGAUGACAGGUCCUUGAUGGAGGAGGAGGGGGCAGGAGAUGUGCCGUUCCGUGAGGUGGUUGGAAGCCUGAUGUGGAUCGCCAGCCAGACGCGAGCCGACAUCUCUAACGCUGUGCGGGCUGUGGCGAGGCACUCUCACGAGCCAAAGAAGAGCCACUGGAAGGCGGCCCAGAAGAUCCUCAAUUAUCUUCUGGAAACGGCACAUCUGACUUUGAAGUUCAAGCGUGAUAGUUCGGUAGACGUAGGCACGUUGGUGUACGUAGAUGCGGACUUCGCGAGUAAGGCUACAGACCGUAGGUCAGUUUCAGGAGCAAUGGUUUUUGUGGCUGCUAUGCUUGUAGUUUGGAUUUCUAGGACGCAGAAAUGCGUUUCGCAGUCGACUUCUGAGGCAGAGUACCUUGCGAUGGGUGAUGGUGUGAAGGAGGCUCUGUUUGUAAAUGGAAUGCUUCAGUUCCUGCGGCCGAGUGUGAAGCCGCGUAAGAUAGACGUCCUUGAGGACAACGAAGGAGCGAUCGCACAAAACCCGCUGAGCUCGAAUAGGAGUAAGCACAUCGACGUGAGGCAUCACUUCCUUAGGAAUUUGACGGAGGAAGGUGUGAUCGAGGUCACGUCGGUUAGCGGGUCCGCGUGCUGGUCCCCGUCAGCCAUGACGAAAAGGCCGGGUGAUCAAGCCGCCCUCUCGCAGUCCGUCGACACACAGUCCAGGGGGACGAAACAGCAGCCGACUGAUGAACACGCUAUAGCGCAGAGUGUUCCUGGCCUCAUGGCCACCAUAGGACCCCAUCUCCGGUNGGAAAUAGAGACGGGGGAUCCGGGAGGGGAUGAUGAGGUAGAGUCGAUGGGGCAGGGAGGGCAGGACGAGGAAGAGUUGAAUGGGUCGGGAAGACCAGUAGAAACGGAGGCGUCCCCUCCGACCGGUCGUCGUCCGAGACACGUAGCUGAACUUGCCGAUUUCAACACAGCUGCGCGUGAAAAUGAUGAAGUACGAGAAGGCAGGACUCGCGCGCAAACUCGUGCAGUUAAUCAGCAGAGUGUUCCUGGCCUCAUGGCCACCAUAGGACCCAUCUCCGGCACAGAGGUAUUGUAUGCACUUUUGUCGGAGCAGAGAGCAGGUGAUGAGACGGAAUUGCCAAAAGAAGUGGUACAAGAUGUUGAGUCAGAGCCUGGUAGCUAUGAGGAAGCCCAGCGUUCGAAAUAUGCUAAGAUUUGGGAGGGAGCCAGGUCCGCUGAAGUAGAAGGCUUGAUGAGAGCAGGAACGUUCACAUUGGCAGUAAAAGUCCCGAUAGGCUGUAAUGUGAUCGAUGCUAGAUGGGUCUUCAAAUGGAAAGCGGACGAAACAGGAAAGAUAGUGAAGGCCAAGGCUAGGCUUGUAGCGAAGGGCUUCAAGCAGAAGUACGGUGUGGACUAUCUUGAGACUUUCUCGCCUACUGCAAAUGCUGCAUCUUUUAGAUUGGUAGUAGCGUUGGCGUGCAAGUACAACUUGGAAUUACUCCACUGGGAUAUUGAGCAGGCGUUUGUUCAGUCGGAAUUGGAUCAUGAGGUGUUCAUGAAGAUGCCUCCUGGCUGUGGUUCAAUGUCGGAAAAAGUUGUCCGUUUGAACAAGAGUUUGUACGGAUUGAAGCAGGCUUCUAGAACAUUCUACAAGAGGCUAGUGUCGGAGCUGAAGAGGAUUGGUUUCGAGCAGUCUAUGUCUGACCCCUGUGUCCUUUGUUUCAUGAUGGGAGACGAGGUGGUGGGGAUGGUCGCGAUUCAUGUGGAUGACAUUCUGUAUGCAGGAACGAAGAGUCUGGCUGAGGUUGUAGUGGCAGCGCUUGGUGACUCUCUUCCGACGAAGAACUUGGGCGAGGUCAAGUUCUUUCUUGGUUGCGAAUACAUUCGCGACCGCAAGGCUGGUACGAUCGAGAUUUCUCAGGAGAGCUACAUCAGGAGUGUCCUUGAGAGGUUCAACAUUGUUCGCACUAGUUCAAUCCCUGCUUCCCUUAACAACGAUGACAGGUCCUUGAUGGAGGAGGAGGGGGCAGGAGAUGUGCCGUUCCGUGAGGUGGUUGGAAGCCUGAUGUGGAUCGCCAGCCAGACGCGAGCCGACAUCUCUAACGCUGUGCGGGCUGUGGCGAGGCACUCUCACGAGCCAAAGAAGAGCCACUGGAAGGCGGCCCAGAAGAUCCUCAAUUAUCUUCUGGAAACGGCACAUCUGACUUUGAAGUUCAAGCGUGAUAGUUCGGUAGACGUAGGCACGUUGGUGUACGUAGAUGCGGACUUCGCGAGUAAGGCUACAGACCGUAGGUCAGUUUCAGGAGCAAUGGUUUUUGUGGCUGCUAUGCUUGUAGUUUGGAUUUCUAGGACGCAGAAAUGCGUUUCGCAGUCGACUUCUGAGUCAGAGUACCUUGCGAUGGGUGAUGGUGUGAAGGAGGCUCUGUUUGUAAAUGGAAUGCUUCAGUUCCUGCGGCCGAGUGUGAAGCCGCGUAAGAUAGACGUCCUUGAGGACAACGAAGGAGCGAUUGCGCUCGCAGAAAACCCGCUGAGCUCGAGUAGGAGUAAGCACAUCGACGUGAGGCAUCACUUCCUUAGGAAUUUGACGGAGGAAGGUGUGAUCGAGGUCACGCAUGUCCCAAGUAAGGAGCAGCAUGCGGACAUCCUCACGAAGGCUCUACCGAGAGACCUUUUUGAAGUUCACCGUGACUUUGCAUUGGGAUCUAGGAAGUAGGAGUCUGAAUUGUUUUGUUGUUUUGCUUUGAUACUUGAUGUACUUGGUCUAGUUGAUACAACAGCCCCUAGUGAGGGUGUUCGUGGUAGAGGCAGUAUGUAUCGACUGAGUUGCGUAGAAUAUCUGAUUGGACGAUUUGAAUACGCGGAACAAUGUCGAUCCUCUGUAGAUUGUUGAGCUACCGACAUAAGGAACGUUCGUGGUCCUUGUGGUUGGAAUAAUCUUGUGGACGCUGCGCUAGUCUGAGCAUGGUAUCUUAGUUCAGGUAAUCAUCCCGAGAGUUUGUGGAGUGUAGGAAGUCGCAAUGGUCCGAGGACUGAUACUGAGAUACUGUAGAACGUUGCUGGUGCUCCGGAACGGUUCCGGAACGUGUCCGUUGGUUCGUUGGUUUCCAGGAGUUCGCAGGGUAUCGAGGACACGGCUUGCACACCGUGCUCACUCCACUUUCUGACCAGUCUCUCCUGACAAGGGUCU